AUGUCGAACUUAUCGUUUGGGAGCGGGAAUUCUGGCUUUCAGCUAGGGAUCAACAGUGGCUCAGUCCACUACCAUGCCGCAGAACAACCGGAGCCGGGUCCAAGCCCACUGUCGACCGUUCCAUUUCCUCGGGAUCCAGACUUCGUUGAGCGUGGAACCUUGCUUGAUGACAUCCGAGACAAGCUCUCUCUACCAGGGGAAAGAGUGGCUCUUGUUGGCUUGGGCGGUAUUGGAAAAUCAAAGUUAGCGAUUGAAUAUUCUUAUCGAUUACGCGACUCUGCUCCCCAGACGUGGGUAUUUUGGAUCCAUGCUAGCAAUGCAGCACGGGUUGAACAAGGAUUUCAGAGGCUCGCCGACCGCGUCAAGAUACCAGGGUGCCAGAGCCCCAGUGUUAACAUAUUUCGACUUGUGUAUAACUGGCUCUGUGAUGAAAAGCACGGACCCUGGGUUCUUAUUCUGGAUAAUGUCGACGAUGAUAGUCAUUUUCGUCAGCCUCUGGUUUUCAGCUCUCAAAACCUGCAGUCGGAGGCAAGUUUGGGUUCUCAGUUUGAUGACUUCAGCCAUGCGGGAGUCUCUGGUGAAACUAUCUUGCAGUUUUACCUCGCGGAUGCUAGCAGCAUUACCGUUGAUCCGAUGAAUAGCUCGGAAGCAUCUUCUCUCAUGAAGGCCAGUCUCGGAAAUCAAUCCAGCCAGGAGGGCAUCGAAGAGUUGUGCAAGGUACUUGAGUUUAUGCCUCUGGCAAUUACUCAAGCUGGGGCAUAUAUUAAGAGACGAGCACCCCGUUGCUCAGUCCUACAGUACCUGGAUGAUUUCCAGACAAAUGAUCGCAAGAAAACAAGACUUCUCAAGCAUGAAGGGCAAGGUCUUCAACGUGACGAACAAGCCUCAAACUCAAUUCUGAUUACCUGGCAAAUAUCUUUCGAGCAUGUUCGGCAAAUCAGAGCCUCUGCCGCAGAUCUUCUCUCUCUCAUGAGUUUUUUCGAUCGUCAGGGCAUUGAGGAGAAUGUUCUUCGCAUUCCUUUUCAUGCAGAAAGGGCGAAAAAGACGAGUUCAAGAAAGACGCGACGAGAUUCGACGGAUAGCGAUGUAUCCGACGCAGAUUAUGAGCUUGGAGAGGAUAUCGUCAUAUUAAAGGAUUUCUCCUUCAUAUCCUCAACUGAAAAUGCACAUACCUUCCAAAUGCAUUCGCUAGUGCAGCUUGCGACACGAUUAUAG